UGCUGUCACAUUAUCCUCUCUCUUUACACCGGGCUGCCCCUUUUCUUCUCUCUCUACCAAAUCACGGACAUGGACUGACUCACGGUCCUGCAGGUUCAUCGCAGCCGCUCACACUCAUUGAGGUUCAAUCUCAGUCAAUCUCAGUCCGUCUCUUUCAUUGAGGUUUUCUGUCUGUCUCUCUCUCGCUAUUUAGCAGUUCUCUCUCUCGAUCGUGUGAGUGCGCUUGAGGUGAAUAGCACAUCUUCUCUCUUUUCAGCUCUGGAAUUUAUGGACUCUCUGGAGAAGUUAUGCGAGAAACCCCCAAAGAAGUUUCAGAUGUUGUAGAAGAACAUGGAAGACAUAGGCCUGUUUAAGGAGGGUUUGAAAUGGGUUCGAUCUCAGAAACAUGUCUUCUUGAGUACCCAGGCGUCGAUUUGUUCAACCAGGGAGAGGAUUGCAGCUAUGGUCGACUGCCAUGGUCCUGUACUUUACAGUGGCUGUUUGCAUCUAUGGAAGAUGUUAUUUUUGGUAUUGAGAGAGUGGAAGAGCUGCAUAACAAGGGGAAUGGGCUCUUUACUCAGUCUGGGUUCCACGACAUUCUUUGUUAUACUUUGGUGUUGUUUUCUUAGUCUCACCUCAACCUCAUGCAUUGUUUAUGUGUUCCUAGUACUGGGAGCUGCUGCUGCUGCUGUUCGCUUCUUGGGCUACACUCCUGGACUCUUUUUGGUUGGAUUUUUUGGGAUUUUGAUUUUGUGGAUGUAUGGCAACUUUUGGGUCACUGGUUCGUUGUUUUUAAUUGGAGCUUAUUUGUUCUCUAUGAGUCACACUCGGCUGGUGAUCGUUAUGUCAACUGUAUAUGCUGUUUAUUGUGCCCAAAUUCGAGUUGGAUGGUUUGGAGUUUUUCUCGCAAUAAACUUGGCAUUUGUAUCUGAUGAUCUCCUAAAUUACUUGCUUCAAGGAUAUGAGAAUGCAAACCAAAACACUGAGUUUGAAGAACCUACGAAACCAACAGUGAGUAUGGAAGAUUUUUCUUGCGAUUCUGAAUAUUCGGCGCCAAGUGGAGAUGGGGAAGAAUUUUCUUCACCCCAAUCUUCCAGUAAAAUGUCCUAUUCGCCCCCAAAUUCUGUAAAAGUUCAGAGAGAUUCAGCUGCUAGUAAGGUUGUCAAAGCAGAUUCUGGUUCAUUGGAUGAGAUGAGAAGGAUAAUAAAUAGUUCAGACCAUUAUCAAGCACUGGGUUUAUAUCGAAAUAAGAAUGUUGAUGUCACUCUUUUGAAGAAGAUCUACAGGAAAAAGGCUAUGCUUGUACAUCCUGAUAAGAAUAUGGGAAAUCCCAUGGCAAGCGAAUCUUUUAAGAAACUUCAAUGUGCAUAUGAGAUUAUUUCAGAUGCCACAAAGAGGAAAAACUAUGAUGAGCAAUUGAGGAAGGAAGAAUCAAGUAGUGCUCGGCAGAGAUCUCAUGGUACUUCCCAACAGGAUGGGGUGGAAUAUCGGUCAGAAGAGUCCAGACGAAUUCACUGCACCAAAUGUGGCAACUCCCAUAUAUGGAUAUGCACUAACAGAACUAAGUAUAGGGCAAGAUGGUGCCAGGAAUGCAGCCAGUAUCAUCAAGCCAAAGAUGGAGAUGGAUGGGUUGAAGAUGGGUUACCAAUAUAUUUUGGAAUGGCUAAAAAAGUUGAUAUACCACGUGCCUUUGCUUGUGCUGAGAGCAAGAUAUUUGAUGUGUCAGAAUGGGCUAUUUGUCAGGGAAUGUCUUGUAGGCCGAACACUCACCGGCCAACAUUCCACGUGAACACGAGCACCUUGGGUAAGGGAGUUCAUCAUCAUCAGAAGCCAGUUCAUCAUCAUCAGAAGCCCCGAGAAAGCGGUGGCUUCACUUCCUGGAAUUUGGAUGCUGAGAUGAUGGGAGAUGAAGAUGAAGCUGAGUUUGAAUUGUGGCUUCAACAGGCGUUUGCAGCUGGCCUCUUUUCCGAACCCUCCUCCAUAAAACGCAGGAAAAUAUGGACUCCUUUCAAGAUCCACCAGAAAAAGAGCAAGAAACAGUGGCGCAAAAUGCUGUGAGAAAAUUGGUGGAUGGAAGAGGAGAAAGGAUGAUGUUUGGUUGGUGGGGGUGGAGGGAAAGAAGAGAGAACUGAUACAAAAGGAGAUUUAGGUUGAGAUCGACAGUGAGCCCGUAAAUCAGUCCAGGUAACUCUUUGUACGUAACAUUUGUAAAGUUUUGAGAGAUAAUGGCGAAACGGCGACUCUCUCUCUCUCGUCUCUCGUUACCUCUGGUGUCGUAGGUCUCUCUCUCUGCGCCUCUGGUGUUGUAUGAUUACUUAUUAAGGAAUGUUGUAGAAAGUUUCUUUAGCUUGUUGAAUCUAAAAUUUCAGGUAAAUAUUAUCUUUGACUUUUGCAAGUUGCAAUAAUUCUGUUCUCUGAACAUCUACAUUCCUGCCUAAAGAUGGCGGCUACAUUA